AUGUUGUUCGGCAAGCUGUUGAAGGCAGCUGUGCUGUCUGUGGCAGCAGUCCAGACCGCCGCCUUGACCAUUGGCGGCAAGCCCAAUAUGAUGAUCAAGUCAUACAAGAGAGAGGCAUUGCAAGAUCUGGUGACAUGGGACGAGCAAUCUCUCUUCGUCCGCGGCGAGCGUGUACUCUUCUACUCUGGAGAGUUCCAUCCCUUCAGACUGCCAGUACCAUCUCUAUGGCUCGACGUCUUCCAGAAGAUCAAAGCUCUAGGCUACAACGGUGUCUCGGUAUACUUUGACUGGGCUCUGCUCGAGGGCAAGCCCGGUCAAUUCGAAGCAGAAGGUGUCUUUGCAUUGGAACCAUUCUUCGAGGCUGCGCAAACCGCUGGCAUCUACCUCAUUGCUCGACCUGGACCAUACAUCAACGCUGAAGUAUCAGGUGGUGGCUACCCCGGCUGGAUGCAACGGGUCCCUGCUCUCUUGAGAACAAGGGACCCUGCCUACCUGGAAGCGACGCAGAACUACGUUGUCAACAUCGCGAAGUUGAUCGCGGCAGCUCAGAUCACGAAUGGAGGCCCUGUCGUUCUGUUCCAGCCAGAGAACGAAUACUCCCAGGCCACGGACAACAUCGAACCAUUUCCCGACCCGAUGUACUUCCAGUACGUUGAAGACCAGUUCCGUAACAACAGCAUUGUCGUUCCAUUCAUCAGCAACGAUGCGAGACCUCAAGGUUACUUCGCACCUGGACCUCCGCGACAAGAAGCUGCACUCGACAUCUAUGGUCACGACGGGUACCCUCUCGGUUUCGACUGCGCCAACCCGUACACAUGGCCGGACAACGCCUUGCCCACGAACUACCGUGACUUGCACGAGAACCAGAGCUCCAGCACACCAUACUCGAUCGUCGAAUUCCAAGGCGGUGCAUUUGACCCAUGGGGCGGCCCAGGCUUCGCCAAGUGUACUGCUCUACUUGGCCCAGAGUUCGAGAGAGUGUUCUACAAGAAUAUCUACUCCUUUGGCGCGACUAUCUUCAGCACUUACAUGACUUACGGCGGAACGAAUUGGGGCAACUUGGGACACCCAGGCGGUUAUACCAGCUAUGACUAUGGCGCCGUGAUCACUGAAGAGCGUACCGUUGACCGCGAGAAGUACAGCCAGGCUAAGCUCCAAGCGCAAUUCUUGCAAGCGUCCCCAGCAUAUCUCACGGCUUUCCCACAAAACAAUAGCAAUGCCAACGGCUCUUACACCGGCAAUGGUGCCAUUGCAACCACUGCAUUGCUCGGAAACGUUACAAACUUCUACAUUGUUAGACACGGUGCCUACAACACGCUAGACACCACAGACUACCGAUUCAACUUCCCUACCAGCAAGGGCAACAUCACGGUCGACGGACUCUCACUUCACGGGAGGGAUUCCAAGGUCUUCGUGAGCGACUAUGAUGUUGGGGGCAUUAACCUGCUCUACUCGACUGCUGAGAUCUUUACCUGGAAGCAGUACGGCAACAAGAGAGUGCUCGUAGUAUACGGCGGUCCUGGCGAGACUAAUGAGCUUGCGAUUGCUGGGGCUCAGACUGGUAAAUGCGUCGAAGGACAAGGCGUCACGACUGACAGCAAGAACGGUGUCUCGGUCAUCCGUUUCAAGACAAGCUCUGAGCGCAAGGUAGUCGAGGUCGGUGAUGACUUGUCGGUAUACAUUCUGGACCGCAACUCCGCCUACAACUACUGGGUCAUUGACCUUGCUGAUGAUUCGGUCACCAAGAACUACACCAACUACAAGCACGCCACUUCUGCGCCAAUCGUCAAGGCAGGCUACCUGCUUAGGACUGUUCAAGCCCACGGCAGCAGUCUCCACUUGACUGGUGACAUCAACUGCACUAAUCCUGUAGAAGUCAUCGGUGCGCCCGAGCCACUCCACGAGCUGACCUUCAACGGCGAGAGCCUGAAUUUCAAGCAAGCCAAGAAUGGCGUCGUGACGGCCACAGCUGAGUUCAAGAAGCCUGAGCUCACGGUACCUGACUUAUCUUCCAUCGGCUGGAAGGUCAUCGACACUUUGCCAGAGAUCGAGUCAAACUACGACGACAGUGCAUGGACUGUCGCAGACCUGACUUACAGCAACAACACAAUCCGCAACUUGACUACACCCACUUCGCUGUACUCAAGCGACUACGGCUACCACACUGGCAACCUUAUCUACCGUGGACACUUCAAAGCCAAUGGCGGCGAGAAAGAGCUGUACCUGGCCACACAAGGAGGCUCCGCAUAUGGUCACUCACUUUGGCUGAACGAUGAGUUCGUCGGUUCCUUCUAUGGUGGAGACAAGUACUACACAUGGAACACGACCUACACCCUCCCCAACACCGUCGCUGGUAAGGACUACGUCAUCACCGUUCUAAUCGACAACAUGGGCCUCGACGAGGCCUUCACAGUCGGCUCCGAACAAAUGAAGAGACCUCGCGGCGUCAUCGACUUCAACCUGAAUGGCCACAACAAGAGCAGCGUCACCUGGAAGCUGACCGGCAACUUGCACGGCGAAGACUACGAGGACCACACUCGCGGUCCACUCAACGAAGGUGGUCUGUACGCAGAACGUCAAGGCUACCACCUCCCAGGCGCCCCAACCUCGGACUGGAAAGACAGCAAGACCGGCCCCAUGGAGGGCAUCGACGCACCCGGCGUAGCAUUCUACGCGACGGAGUUCGACCUUGAAUUCCCACAAGGCUACGACAUCCCACUAAGCUUCUCAUUCACGAACAGCAGUACCAACACCAGUGCGACGACUCCAAGCUAUCGAUGCCAGCUGUAUGUCAACGGAUACCAAUUUGGCAAGUACGUCUACAACAUUGGUCCUCAAGACUCGUUCCCUGUGCCGGAGGGCAUUUGGAAUUAUCAGGGUAGCAACUAUGUUGCUGUCAGUCUUUGGGCUCUGGAGAAGGAGGGUGCGAAGGUUGAGAAGCUUGAGCUUGUGGCUGGGACGCCGGUGCAGAGUGGGUUUGGACCUAUUGAGCUGGCGCCGCAGACGGGCUGGAAGAAGAGGGAAGGGGCUUAUUGA